GAAAUAUAACAAAAAGUGUAUAUCGAAUCACAUUUAUAAGCUUGCAGCUUUCUUUAAUUCCAAAAGUAAUAAAAUCUGACACUAGCACGUGAUCUUUUAUUCUUGGACAGGUGUCCCAUUGAUUUUAGAUGCAUCCUCCGUUGACAGUUUUAAGUUCGCCUUCCGAUGGAAAAUAAACGAUUCCAGAUCACUCUGGAAAUUUCAGAACCUGAAUCUGCAGCGAGAGAAACGAAUGGUCUUUCUCUUCUUUAAUAUUUAUGAUAUACGAAGCAUUCACUUUGUGCGUAAUAUCAGCGCGUCAUACAUGCAGGUGCGAAAUUUCAUUAAUUACGACUCGAAUAAUUUUACACUGCGAUGCGCAAAUCGCCCAAUAUGUUUAAAAUUCUGUCACACCUGAUUUAUACGGAGGAUCAAUAGACACAUGUGUCACUGGUCGUCGACUCAGGUGGUCAACGGUGCCAACGAGUUUACUGGUCACGCUCGUGCACACGUUCCUCCACGUUUAUCUAUAAUGGUGAUCACGGUGGUAAGAGUCACUCAGUGAAGAUCGAGCAGCCGCGACGAUCACAUCCCACGGAUCUAUCGAUCACGGGCCGCGCACGAUUUUUCAACGAGGUGUCUCGCCGGGCCAAAACUCGACGAUAGAUCGUGGCGGUAGAUUCUCCACGACCAUGGCCAGGGUAGUCUUGUUCACUUUGGCGAUCUUGAUCUGCGGCCAGGCGACCUAUGUGCACCCCAACUACGUCACCCUAUCGAAACGGGGGCCUGGGCUCCCGACGGUGAACAUGUACUGGUUUAAGCGACAGCGACUGCUGGCGGAUGAGAAACAACAGUCCCUGGGUGGCAAACUGCAACUCAGUCCCGUCGAGACGAAGGCCAAUAAUGUCCUAAUGAGGGCCAAAAGGCGAGAGAUCUACGAUGGUUUCAUUACCGGCGACAGCUUCUUGCCGUCGCGCAACUUCAUGGAAGUGAUACCGAAGAUCGAGAAGUCCGAGGUGUUCAGGAUCCUGCGCGACAUGCCCAAGGGCGCCGUCCUCCACGCUCACGAGUCCGCCAUCGCCUCGUUGGACUAUCGGCUCUACAACCUCACCUAUCGCGCAAAUCUGUACGUGUGCGAGGAGAACGACUUGCAGCUCAAGUUCUUCAACACGACCAGCGACGAUUGUGACUGGCAGUUACUGAGCGAGGUACGGCAAGACCCAGCCCGGGCCGACGCUAUUAACGAGAAGAUCAGGCAGUCUCUGACCAUGGUCGUGGAAAACCCGAAAAGCGUCUACACCACGGUCGACAAGGCUUGGGAGAAGUUCAACAGCAUCUUCAAGUUCAUGAGGCUGAUCGUGUCGUACCGACCCGUCUACGAAGACCUCUUCUAUCGCAGCCUCCUGGAGCUCUACGAGGACAACGUGAUGUACGCGGAGAUACGAGCCACGUUAUCGUCGAUAUAUGAGCUCGACGGCAAGACGUGUGGGCCGUUGGAGAUGCUGAAGAUCCACAAGGACGUUAUUAAUAGGUUUAAGAAGGAUUACCCCGACUUCGUUGGCGCCAAGAUCAUAUACGCGCCGCAACGUGGCGUCGACGACGAAAAAAUGGACUACUACCUGAAGACGUUGACGCAGAUAAGGCAACUCUAUCCGGAUUUGGUGGCCGGUUUCGACCUGGUUGGCCAGGAGGACAAGGGAAAGCCCCUCACCGAAUUUGCCGACAAACUGAACGCCGUUGACCCGAACGUCAAGUACUUCUUCCACGCCGGCGAAACGAACUGGAACGGAGCGUCCACCGACAUGAAUCUCUUCGACGCUUUCUUGCUCAACACCAAACGCAUCGGUCACGGAUACGCGCUAACGAAGCACCCGCUCCUAUGGAAGUUCGCGCAGCAGUUAGGAGUCGCGGUGGAGGUCUGCCCUAUCUCGAACCAGGUUCUCGGUCUCGUGGAGGACAUGCGGAAUCAUCCCGCGGCCAGUUUGUUCGCGUCGGGCUCGCCCGUGGUGGUCUCCAACGACGAUCCCGGGCUCUGGGGUGCCAAGGGACUGAGCUACGACUUCUACGAGGCCUUCAUGGGUAUAAUGAGCGCCACCUCAGAUCUCAGGAGCCUCAAGCAGCUGGCGAUGAACUCGUUGAUUUACAGCAGCAUGAAUAAACAAGAGAAGCGGCAGGCGCUGUGCCAGUGGCAGGUCAAAUGGGACGCCUUCGUAGGCAAACUGGCCCAAUCGGCCUAAAAACGACGGAUCGGAACAAACGCAAAAAGCACCUCGUUCCUCUUCGUAUCAUUGGUAUGCGAAAAGAGGCAAGUCAGCGCGAAGAUGAAAGGAUAUUGUCGACAGAACGACAGUACGGUGCCAUAAGCAAUCCGUUAAGAUAUUCUUAGAACGUUUCAUAGACAAUAGUUUUAUCUUGGAGCGUCUUGUGUUCUGCCACGUUUUUAGGGAAACAAGUACCGCCGAAACUGUGCAUCAAUUUUAUGGAACAGCAUUUUGUCUUAUAGAAUUCUUAUCGGAAUUCCAUACGAAUCGCCACUACCUCAUUGCGUUCCCAGAUAGCAAUGCGUGUCUAAAAGGCAUCUUUAAGAGGGUGUUGUCUUGUUUAAUGCAUCUGACGAUUCACCGCUAUAUUUGUAAUAUGCGUCCAAUGGAUAUUACGUUUGUUACGAAGAAGCCCUGCUUUUG